UGCAUCUCCUGAAAUCACUGAAGCAUGGAAAUAUUGUCAGGUUUUACAAUUCAUGGAUUGAUGAUAAAAACAAAACUGUUAAUAUCAUAACUGAGUUGUUCACAUCGGGUAACCUGAGAGAGUAUUGUAAGAAAUACAGGAAUGUUGAAAUGAAGGCUGUGAAAGGUUGGGCCAGACAAAUUCUGAUGGGUUUAAGCUACCUUCACGGUCACAAGCCACCAGUUAUACACAGGGACCUCAAAUGUGAUAAUAUAUUUAUCAAUGGAAACCAAGGAGAAGUUAAAAUUGGAGAUCUCGGUUUAGCAACUAUCAUGGAGCAAUCAAAUGCCAAGAGUGUUAUUGGAACUCCAGAGUUUAUGGCACCUGAACUGUAUGAUGAAGACUACAAUGAGUUGGCUGAUAUAUAUUCCUUUGGGAUGUGCAUGCUUGAGAUGGUUACCUUUGAAUAUCCUUACAGUGAAUGUAGGAACUCAGCUCAAAUUUAUAAGAAGGUUUCAUCUGGAAUAAAGCCUGCUGCCCUGUCUAAGGUAAAGGAUCCAGAAGUCAAACUAUUUAUUCAGAAGUGUAUAGUCUCAGCUUCUCAAAGACUAUCUGCUAAAGAGCUUUUAAUGGAUCCUUUCCUUGAGGUGAAUGGAUUAGCAAAGAAUCGUCCUUUGUCACUUCCUGACAUUGUAAUGCCUAAAUUAUCAGCAUUUGGAGAUCGUUGUUUAAUGUCAGAAGGACCUGCCAAUGCAAGAAAUAAACCUCCCUCCAUGGAUUUGGAUAAUGAUCCAGAAAUGCCCAUUAUUAAAGCUUUUAAAAAUUCCUUUGGUCGGCAUUUCAAUUCUACAUUUGUGGAGGUCCGGAGGGCAAAGAAAGGCAACAUUUUCUUUCUGAAAGGUGAAAAACAUGAUGAGAACUCGGUGUCAUUAAUACUCCGAAUAGCUGAUCAAAAUGGUUCCCGGGUUAGGAAUAUUCAUUUCCUUUUCUAUCUUGACGGUGACACUGCUCUCUUGGUUUCAAGUGAAAUGGUCGAGCAAUUAGAACUGGAAGAUCAAAAUAUUACAUUCAUAGCAGAGCUUAUAGAUUUGUUAUUGUUGAAGUUAAUACCCAAUUGGAAACCUUGUGUCCGAAUUGAGCACCUAGUUCCUCGAAAUGCAACAAAUAGUAGCAAGGGCAACCUGAAGAGCCACAAGUCGUCAGAAAAUUACAAGGAUCAGAUUGUUGUUGCAGGUUCUGCUCAGGAUAUUCGUCAAAUUGCAACUUAUUCGAGGACUUCAAGUUGCCUUGAUUCUUGUUCUCAAGGAGGAUCAAUCCCAAGAUCAGAAGCGGAUCAGGACGGUUCUGCAGGUAUUAUAAAACUCAGUGACAUGCCAUCCCAAACUAACGAGUCUGGCAACUAUAGGAUGGCAAUGGUUGAAGAUCUAGUUUCUGAGAAGUCGUACACUUCUGCAGCCUCUAGUGAGUGGAAUGACAAAAGGUUAUCUUUUAAUUCAUGCGUCACUGCAGAGUCAGGACUUGUAAACUUUGAUGGGCAUGGAUUCAAAGGUUCCCAAGGGGAUCUUUUGGCUAGCAUGGAGGCAGGUCAACCACCUGAUAGCCAUAUGGAGAUCUCUUCUGAUUAUCCAACUAGCAUUUCCUUUUUGUCUAAUAAGAAUGAAAGCAACGAGCUCAGGGAGGAGCUAGAAAAGAUAGAACUUCAAUAUCAAGAGGCAAUCAAAGAGAUAAUUAGACAGAGACAUAAAGCAAUCAUAGAAACAACAAAAAGGUUGUCAUAGAAAUUAAAGUAUAGGGUUAUUAAUUAAGUACUAGUUUUCACCUCAUGCAUCCCAAUACCCAACCCCCUCAUCUCUUUCUCAUCCCUUCACUUUCAU